CAUACAUUGUUUUGUAUAUACUGUAUAUGAUGACUUCGGUGGGCAGUGAACGUACCCGGGGCACUCGGGACAAAACACAAAUUUCAACACAGCCAACACAACCACAGAAACAAGUAGUACAGGCAACAGCAGAACAGAUUCGCCUUGCUCAGAUGAUCUACGAUAAGAAUGACGCAGAUUUUGAAGAUAAAGUGAAACAACUUAUGGAAGUGACGGGGAAAAACCAGGAUGAGUGCAUAGUGGCACUACAUGAUUGUAAUGGGGACGUGAACAGAGCAAUCAACAUACUGCUGGAAGGAAGUUCAGACACGACUUCUUGGGAGACUGUAGGGGGAAAGAAGAAAAGCCUUGGAAAGGAAAGUUUGGAAAACAAAGAGAACAGAGAAAAACGAGGGGACAGAGAAGUGAGUCGUGGACGGGGAAGUACCAACAGACGGGGAAGAGGAGGCAGCCGUGGCCGAGAGUUUAGAGCUGAAGAGAAUGGAGUGGACAACAAUCAAGGAGACAGGCCCUCAGAUCGUGGGAAACGUGGCCGUGGGAGAGGGUUUGGACGUGGCAGAGGGAGAGGAGCGGGGAGGUUUUCAGCCCAAGGCAUGGGGACAUUUAACCCUGCAGACUAUACGGAGUCUUCUGCCACUGAUGGCUUUGGGACAAAAUCAGAGAUUUGGGAGACUGGUCAGAAUGAUGCAGAUGAUGGAACUGGAGCAUGGAAAAACUCAAUAGAAGAAUGGACAGCAGAAGACUGGAAUGAAGAUCUUUCUGAAACAAAAGUCUUCACUGCUUCUUCUGUCCCAGCUGAGAAUCAUGUGACUCCUGGGCAAAGCAUUGAUUUGGUAACACUGCUUCAAAAGCCUGUGUCUUCUACCCAAGAGGCAGAAGGCAACUCAUUUGAGGCUCCCCAGCAGCAAACCUUUGGCCAAGCCCUAGUCUUCACAAAUUCUCAGCACAGCACCCAGAUGGCAUCAGGAACUGGCAGCUCCAGUGUUGUAAACUCUUAUUCUCCUCAAAGUCUGUCUGCAGUUCUUUGUUCUGGCUUCGGAGAACUCGGAUCCUCUAAAUUGGCAAACUCUACUGGAUCCCAAAUCUUGGACCAGUUGAAAUCUCCAGGACUGGGUCAGUUUACCUCUCAACAACAUAACAGUAGCUCUACCACCACUACCACAACUACCAUAUCAUCCUGGGAUCUAAAACCGCCCAUUACUCAGUCCUCAGUCCUUAGUCAGUUUGACUUUAAAUCCCAGCCUGAACCAUCCCCAGUUCUGAGCCAGCUGACCCAGCGACAGCAGCAACAAGCUCAGGCAGUUCCUGUUCCUCCCCCUGGGCUGGAGUCCUUCUCCUCCCAGGUAAAACUCCGAGAGCCCUCGCCAGUAGACACCUCUACAGCUGUCAGCAAAAUGUUACAGCUCCCUGCUAUAUCUGUGGAUAACCAGGCAGUAACUGCCCAUCAAACCCAACAGAAACAGAUAAAACCACCAAAACGGAGGAUAACUCCAGCAUCCAAGAUUCCUGCCUCUGCAGUGGAGAUGCCUGGAUCAGCGGAUGUGACAGGGUUAAAUGUUCAGUUUGGAGCUCUGGAGUUUGGAUCAGAGCCUGCACUCCCAGAGUUUGGAUCAACUUCAGGCAGUGAGAAUACCAGCCAGGCGACCAACAAUAGCUUGUACUCAAAAUCUGUAAACGAUCCUUUGAAUACCUCUUUGCCAAUAUCCAAUACAGUACAGGAGUCCACCUACACAACUUCUGCCAUCACCUCUUCCAGUCUGACCUGCUCAUCCCAGAGCACUAGCCCAGUAACAACAACUUCCUCCUAUGACCAGACUUCUGUGCAUAGUAGGAUAGCGUACCAAAGCUCCAUGGCUCCAUCUGAACCUCCAGUUGCAGUUACGAACGGGCACAGCGGUGUUAGAACACAGGCAACUCUUGACACGCCUAAGACAGAGCCUUCUCCCUCACUACCUUCUGCUGGUUCUCUGCCUAGCGUGGUAUCCACCACUGCUUCGCUUCUUUCUUCAGCAUCGCAGCACGUGGCAGCGUUGCCCAGCUUGCCUCAGCCCAGUGAUUUGGCCAGCAGCUCACUUUCCCAGUUAAGCAGUUCCCUUUCCAAUCAUCAGAGCAGCCUUUCCCCUGCCUCAGUGUUGUCUUCAAGCACAUCACAUGCACACACUAGUGUUGAGAACACAACUUCGCUCCAGCCCUCAACAACCUUUUCAACUGCUUCAACCUCAGCUACUAGCACCACCUCUUCAGUUGUCAGCAUGGCAAGCAGUAUGAACACUACAAACAGCCUUGGCCUCAGCGUUACCAGUGUGUCUAUACCAGCUGCUACCACACGGGCAGCUCCCUUAGUGUCUUCAGGCAAAGCUCCCCCAAACCUGCCCCAAGGUGUACCACCCUUAUUGCAUAACCAGUAUAUUGUGGGACCUGGAGGACUUCUGCCUGCCUACCCAAUUUAUGGUUAUGAUGAUCUCCAGAUGCUUCAAUCCAGGCUGCCGAUG